GAGAGUUUCAAAAAGUAGAACAGCAACAUACUUGAAUCUCUUUUCUCAAGUUUCAUGUGUAUCCUCUUUUGAGAUUCGAAAGCUUUUUUAUAACAGAUAAUUAGUUUCUUGUUCUAUAUUUAUUAUUUUUUCAAAGUUUUUUGUUAAAAAAUAAUUGAAUUUAGGUUGCGCACAAAAUGGCUGAAAAGUGACAUGGAGAUCUUAUGGGCUAUAUCAAUUUCAAAACUGAUAUUGAGCUACAACUUUUGAUUCCAAGAGGUAAAUUCAUUAUUAGUUCUUUUUGUAGAUGUACUAGUUCUUUUUGGAGAUAUACACUGAUCAGCAUAAAUUUAUUUAACUUUUGAUCUCAAAAAUUCAGGCAGUGGCUGUGGUUCAUAUAGAAGAGACUUAGAAACUAUCAGGCACUUUCUGUUUGUGAUUGUUAACAGGAGGCCACUGGAGGAGCUACAGAUGGUUAAUCAAUUGAAUUAUUGUAACUUUAAUGACGAUGUGCUCCUUAUUUGAUGAUUUUCUUGAGUUGUUGAAUAGUUUUGAUGAGCAAAAGUACCAUUUAGAUUCUUUUUUGUUUGAUUUCAUUACAUUUUAUAUGAUUAUUUUACUGAGUUUUUUCGUUUUCAAGUAUAUUGUAGAUGUUGUUCUUAACCCAUCUUUUUUGUGGAGUAUUGACAAGAAGUUCAAGCAUCUAGAUGAUGCAUAUAUGUUUUUUUUUCAAAUGAAGUCAAGACUCAGAAAAAUAAAUAAGUAUCCUUGUUGGCGAAGGUAUGUAAGUUUUCAAAAGCUUCCUGAGCAUUAUGGUUUGUAGCAAAUAUUAGAGCUCAGGAAGUUUUUCAAAAUUCACAUACCACGGUGAACAAGAAUACUUAUUUAUUUUUUUGAGUCUUGACUUCAUUUCAAAGAAAAACAUAUAUGCAUCAUCUAGAUGCUUGAACUUCUUGUCAACACUCCACAAAAAAGAUGGGUUAAGAACAACAUCUACAAUAUACUUGAAAACGAAAAAACUCAGUAAAAUAAUCAUAUAAAAUGUAAUGAAAUCAAACAAAAAAGAAUCUAAAUGGUACUUUUGCUCAUCAAAAUUAUUUAACAACUCAAGAAAACCAAGGAUACUUAUUUAUUUUUUUGAGUCUUGACUUCAUUUCAAAGAAAAACAUAUAUGCAUCAUCUAGAUGCUUGAACUUCUUGUCAACAUUCCACAAAAAAAGAUGGGUUAAGAACAACAUCUACAAUAUACUUGAAAACAAAAAAACUCAAUAAAAUAAUCAUAUAAAAUGUAAUGAAAUCAAACAAAAAAGAAUCCAAAUGGUACUUUUGCUCAUCAAAACUAUUUAAAAACUCAAGAAAAUCAUCAAAUAAGGAGUACAUUGUCAUUAAAGUUACAAUAAUUCAAUGGGUUAACCAUCUGUAGCUUCUCUAGUGGCCUCCUGUUAACAAUCACAAACAGAAAGUGCCUGAUAGUUUCUAAGUCUCUUCUAUAUGAACCACAGCCACUGCCCACUGCUUGAAUUUUUGUGAUCAAAAGUUAUAUAAACUUAUGCUGAUCAAUGUAUAUCUUCAAAAAGAACUAGUACAUCUAUAAAAAGAACUAAUAAUGAAUUUACCUCUUCGAAUCAAAAGUUGUGGCUCAAUAUUAGUUUUGAAAUUGAUAUAGCCCAUGAGAUCUCCAUGGCACUUUUUAGCCAUUUUGUGCGCAACCUAAAUUCAAUUAUUUUUUAAGUAACAAAAAACUUUGAGAAAAUAAUAAAUAUAGAACAUAAAACUAA